AUGCUGCAAAGACAUCUCCCGCCCUCAAACCAACUUCCGGCCAAUAGCGCCCAGUUGCAAGCGUACAUCAACGACGCCAGCGACAGUCGACUCGCCUCGUUGAUUGCUCUGCCGACUCGGUUCCCACGGGGCGGCCAACCUCCGCUCUCGAGCUCUUCUGCUCAGUCUUGCCCUCGACCUUCUUCCUCCCUGCACGUCUCCGAUCACAGUCACACCUUGCUCAGCUCGACUGACUCUCGCAACGUUCCUUCUCUCGCGCUCUCCUCGUCUUCCUGUCCUCGCGCUUUUCCAUCAGGCGGCGGCACUUCUGCCGCUGGCGCCGGCUCUCAUACUCACACAACCAUUCCCCUCAGAACCAGCAGACCCACCAGCACCAGCACGAGCAGCACCAUUUCCACCCGCCGCGCCUCUGAAGUCCGAGGCAAUCUUAUUCUUGAGGAAGCCGACGACGGGACGCUCAUCUCCGACCACCUCACUCCGCUUCAAUGCCCAUUCUUCUUCCUCGCCUGCCGCGCCACGUUUGUCCAUUUCGACGACUGGAUGAAGCAUAGUCUAGACCAUUUCGGCGCCGAUGUCCUCCCGCCACGAAGAAACAUUUGUUGCAUAUGCGACGUCACGUUUGAUGGGCCAGACGGACUGCGGUCCUGGGAGGCCCGCAUGAAACACAUUGAGCUCGUCCACUACCGUCACGGUGACGACGUGUCCAUGGCUAGACCAGAUUUUGCGCUCUUUGCGUAUCUCCGUGACAACAACCUCAUUACGGCUGACCGCUAUACUGAAUUAUGUCGCCCGACUGAGUCGGAAGCUCCGGACUUUAUUGAGGAACAAUUGCGCGCUCGCCCAGAGCCGGAGGGAUCCGAUGUCAGAAGGCAGAGAGAGCGGGGCAUGUGGCGAGUUGUGCAAGACGGCGGGCAGAGGGAACGCCAGAGGGUUGACCGUCAGAGGUUCGCCCGCUUUAAUUAUUAGCUUUCUAUCAUCUUAGUCCUAUAUCUUCAUCGUAUUCCUUGUCAUUUCACUAUUCCUUUCUCGUCGUUUCUAUUUUCUCUUGUUUGGCUCCUGUUUUUUUUUUUCCUCUUUUGUUUCUUUUCUGAUUAAAUAUUUUUUCCCUCUGGUUCUCCAUCUCGUUUCCUUCCCAUCGUUACUCUUCACUUCUUUUUCUUUCUCCCCUCCUCCUCCAUUCUUUCCUCCUCUCUUCCAUACCCCUCCCUUCCACGCAACAUAUAUCGAUCCAAUUCCAUUACGAGAUAUUACCCGCGUGUGUCUCCCACUCCCCCUGCAGUAUACCCCUAUGUCCAAAACUUCUAUUUCUUUUAUUGCUCUUCCUCUCGAAGUUCCAUUUCAGAACAAGUCUAUUUAUAGUCCAUUUUCUUUUCUUUUUCUUUUCUUUUUUUUUUUCUUGUCCUUCUUUUCUUGUCCUUCUUUUCUUUCUUUCUUUCU